AUGGAGACGACCUUUGACAUGAAAUCCAGGACCAGAUUCGGAACAUGGAACAUCAGGACAAUGCUAGAAACUUCACGCCUGGCACAAGUCAUUCACGAAAUGGAUAGAUAUAGGCUCCAGGUGCUCGGUCUAUGCGAGACAAGAUGGUCCGAGCAGGGUGAACACAUCACCUCGGACGGGCACAUGCUUCUCUUCUCCGGCAAACCAACAAAUGAACCCCACGCCUCAGGCGUGGUGCUCAUGGAUGACUUUAACGCCAAAGUCGGCCAAAACAAUAACGGGCUGGAGCAUGUCAUGGGCGCCCACGCGCUAGGACAAAUGAACAAUAAUGGUGAGCUCCUCACCGAAUUCUGCUCGACCCAGAAUCUAAUAAUCGGGGGAUCGAUAUUCCCACACAAGGACAUUCACAAAGCAACGAUCAGCAAAAUGUGGAGGGGUUCUCUCCUGGAUGUAAGAGCAAGACGUGGCGCCGAUGUAGCUAGUGAUCACCACUUGGUUACCGGCGCAAUGCGCAUAGAAGUAGCAAAGUACAAAGCAAAAACGAAUAUACACAAGCGGAAACAUUUCGCGACUGAAAAACUUAAGGAUCCCAAGUAUAAAGAUGCCUUUGUCACGGAGAGCGUCAUCGGCUUCAAAGAACGAAAUAAAGCCGUGUGGCUAACGUCGGAGACAUGGAACCUGAUCAACCGGAGAAGGGAACAGAAACAACAAAUACUCAAUGCCAAAACAUUAGACGAGAAAGACAACGCUAGUAGGAGCUACAUGCAGCUUAAUAAGCAAGUAAAACGUAGAGCCAGAAAUGACAAAAGAAAAUGGGUGGAGAGCCUAGCAGACAAGGCGCAGAUCGCUGCCGAGUCGAAUAAACCCCGGGAAUUAUACACUAUCACGCGAACACUAGCGAAUAAGAACAACAUUCGUAACUAUCCGCCACAGAACAGCCCGGCGAGACCUCCCCAAUAUAACGUCACAGACGAGAGGACGCUCCCUGGUUUGAGUGAUGACCCUCCUACCCUUGCGGAAAUAAAGAAAGCCAUCCGCAACUUGAAGAACAAUAAAGCCGCUGGCGUCAACGGCAUCCCGUCCGAGCUGCUCAAGGCCGAUAUAAAUUUGACGGCCAACUUGUAUCAGCCAAUCAUAAAGGACAUGUGGGAGAACGAGGAACUGCCAGAUGGCUGGGACACCGGAUUAAUAGUAAAAUUGCCGAAGAAGGGUGACUUAAAGAACUGCGAGAAUUGGCGUGUAUCACACUUCCGAAUUGCUCGGCCAAAAUACUAG